ACAUACCCGUGAUCAUCAGGCCGAAGCCCUACAGUGAGAUAAGCCUAUUGAAACUUCGAAUUCAUUCGAUUCUGUCUUGUAUUCAUCGCAUUGGCCCCAUGGCUCACAAUGAACCAAGUGAUGGACCAAGUUCUUUGGAAAAUCGCAGUACGCCGACCACAGGACGACCCUGGCCCACAAUUUAGUUUUAUACACCAGGUACGCAUCGGCUGCGUAUCAACCCAUGUGUCCUCGUCCGAUGGGCAAUACACUCGUUGGGCAGGUAUGUACCCUGUUUCCGCGUAUACAUGCGAUGAAUGUCCUUCCUUCUGUCUCAGUUUACAAGCGUUGUUACAACAACUCGCGGUUUCGUAGCGAGAGACGACAAACGCAAGGAGAUCGUUGUCGCUUUCAGAGGCAGUAAAGAUGUUAUUAGCAUUCUCAUUGGUGCAAAAAAAAUGGUUCCAGUCAUGUUGCACUGGCUUAUCUUGUGAUGCCGCAGAUGGGUCCGUGAUACUUACCCCACUUCAAGGUACUGGCUUGCCGCCUUCACAUGUGCAAUCCACGUCGUCAAAGCAUCCGAAGCGACCUCACGUCCACACGGGAUUCCUUAUUGCGUACCAAAGCAUCGCCCAAGUCCUGCUCGAUAUCGUAGGAUUGCAGAUCAAUAUGUACCCCAUGUACGCGGUGGUUAUGACUGGUCAUUCAUUGGGAGGGGCAGUCGCAAGUAUAGCGUCGAUCGCAAUCCGAAAUACAUACCCAGCGGCGACCGCGAGGUUGUACACCAUUGGUCA